ACCCAGCUUACACAUCACUUACAAAGAUACAAGUAUGGCUGCCAUUCCUAUCCAACCCAUCAUUAUCUCUGCUCUCCUCUACUUCUUCCUCUGCCUCCUCAUCAACAACCCAGCUGGCUGUGAGGCUGAGAACAUCUUGUACAAAGACGAAGCUCUCUACAGUGGCAACUCUCUCCAAUAUGGGAGCAAUGUCCUUAUAAUGCAAGAAGAUUGCAACCUGGUACUCUACAGGAGUUACUCCCCCAUAUGGGCAUCUAACACCGGCGGAAUGGGCAGUAAUUGCUAUUGUCGGAUGCAAUCCGAUGGAAAUCUUGUCAUCUAUGAACCUCCUACUCAACGGACAAUCUGGGCCACCAACACCGGUCGUGACAAUGGUGACUAUGUUCUUAUACUUCAGAGGGACGGUAACGUGGUUAUCUACGGCAGUUCAGUUUGGUCUACCGGCACUUAUGGUGCAAUGAAUUGGUUGAGGAUAACUCGAUCAGAUGAGCCAAAAGUUAACAAUAGCAGCAGUUAGAAGGAACUACUACUAUGGCUUUAGGAAAGACAAUUUGUAACCAUGUAUAAGGUUUAUAGUU